ACGGGUGUUUUUCUGUGACGCCCCAGCACAGAUGGUUGCAGUUGCAGGAAGUCUGCCCUUCAACUUCCGCGGCUUUGCAGCCUCAUUCGGCACAAACAAGUCUUGCCAGCUCUUGGGAGGGCCGAUCCAGCCUGCCAUGUCCCGCGUCGCCAGCGUGGUGUGCGCUGUUUCCCUGGCGCUCUACGGCGCCAGCUGCUUCAUCCUGCCGGCCAGCACGCCACGUGGCGCGCCGCAGCAGGGUGCCGGCGCGGUUGCGCAGCAGCCAAGUGCUGCCGCCACUCAGGAGUCCGCUGGAUCUUGGAGCCCUCUCGCCAUCGGCGCUGCCCUGGGACUGCUGGCCGCAGUGGCCACCACCCGGCCUGCCCUGGCGGCGGACCUGGAGAACGGCGAGGCCGUGUUCCAGGGCAACUGCACGGCCUGCCAUGCGGGUGGCAACAACAGCAUCGUGGCUGAGAAGAAGCUGAAGAAGGAUGCUCUGGUCACCUACGGCAAGUACGAUGUGAGCGCCAUCAUCACCCAGGUCACCAACGGCAACGGCUCCAUGCCUGCAUUCGGUGACAAGCUGGGCCCUGAUGACAUCGAGGAUGUGGCGAACUACGUCUACAACAAGGCGGACAAGUGGUAAGCCUGGAGGGCCCUUUGAACGGUUUGGUCGCUGCUCUAGGCUCAAUUUUACCUGUAUGUAGUGUUCCGGUGCGGUUUGUACAUCGCCACGUGGCGCUGUACACCGUUCGGUGUUCAGUCGGAUCGCGGCAAGUGUGAGCUAGAGGACGUUCACGCAGUUGCCAGUAUGAUUUGAC